AAAUAAUAGGAAAGAUGAUGCAAAGAAUAUCAAGAAGUCAGCACCCUAUUGCUAAGAAAUGGCAAUGCUUUGGGUGCUGCUUACUUAUAUCAAUGAUAGUAUACUUCCUUAACUUCAUGUUAGCUUCCACUUUUGCAUUUGGAGGCAACGGAGGAGCAUUUGGAAUCAUUUGCUAUAUUAUCGAUAUUGCAUUCAUCUUUGUAGCUAUGUUUACUUAUGGACAAUUCGUAGGACAAAAGGGAGGAAAACUAAUAGCUGGAUUAAUUAUUGGUGCAGUUGGAUUCGCCAAUAUACUCACACUGAUGAUUCUAAUUAUUAGUUCUAGGAAUAACGACUGUGAAGACUCAUUUGAUUGUCCCUUAUAUGGAAGCUUCCCAGUUAUUAUUAUUGCAAUGAUGUUCAUAGCAGCAAUGAUUUUUCCUGGGUUAUAUUUUACAGCAAUGAUUUUGGCUCAUGUUCCUUCUUGGGAUCCUAAAAAAAUUCCAGGCGAAGGAGAAGGAGGUGAUGAAAAUGUAGCUGUAGUUAUUGACCAAAAUGCCCCUAUCCAAAUUAUGGAUCCUAAUGCUGGACAAAACAACAACCCUUACGUCAACCCUAACCCAUCAAAUCCUCAGCCUCAAAUGUUCGCUCCCCAAGUUAUCAUCAUGGAGCCAAUGCCAAUGGACCCAAAUGCUGGAAUUCAAAUGGGGAUGCAGCCUAAUCAUAACAACCAAAAUGCUUAUCAACCCAACUCACAAGCACCAUACAAUCCAACUGCUCCAGCAAUGUACACUCCAAGCGGCCCUGCAGCCACUGGAAAAGACAACAUUGAAAUGGGGCAGCCUGUCUAAUUAAAAAUCGCUGUGUUUUA